AUCAUCAAUUCAUCUCCAUUAGAAAACAGAUUCUGUAUUACCAAGGGUUUCUGCUGCUUCACUGGUAACCAAAGCUCAAGCAUUUCAUAUCAAGAAGAAGAGACAGAAAGAUCAGUGAACAAAAUGCCGUGCCUAAACAUCUCAACCAACGUCAACCUCGACGGUGUCGACACUUCCGCCAUCCUCUCUGAAGCCACCUCCUCCGUCGCCAAACUCAUCGGAAAACCCGAAGCUUAUGUUAUGGUGGUGCUCAAGGGAUCAGUGCCAAUGGCAUUUGGCGGAACUGAGCAGCCUGCAGCAUAUGGUGAACUUGUCUCCAUUGGAGGCCUUAAUCCUGAUAUCAACAAGAAACUGAGUGCUGCCAUUGCCGCAAUCCUCGAGACCAAGUUGUCUGUUCCCAAAAACCGUUUCUUCCUCAAAUUCUAUGACACCAAGGAUCAUCCAAUUCAAGAACAUGCACAGUGUUUGCAUGCUUUACACCAGUGCUAGCCAAUAAAACACGGUGCCUUUUUCGGGUGGAAUGGAACUACCUUCUAAAUGCACGUAUGGUUGCGCCAUUGAAGCUCCUAUUAUGGAACUACCUUCUAAAUGCAUGUAUGGUUGGUCCAUUGAAACUCCUCUUAUGGAACUAUAUUUGACUAUUUGUACUUAACUGGUAGAAGGAUAUAUCACUAUUUCUAGUCUUGUGGCUGAAUUAAGGAUAUGACAAUGUAAUUAACCUUGCCUUGAUAUGGGAACCUCUGUUAUGGAGCCACUGAUGUCAUGUUUAGUAGUCUUCCCAAGAGCCAUGAUGUGAAACUGUUCAUUCUAAGUUCAGUAUUUAAAGACACAUUCUCCAUUGUUAUUCUUUUUC